UGAGAAACAAUACAGAACCAUACUUCAGGAAAGGUUUCAGAAGAACAUGAGUUUGAGAAUGAAGGGUAUUGCACUCUUUUUGCUGGCACUAUGCUGCUGUCUGUCUGGGACACAGGGUCAGGGAGACCACGAGGACCAGAAAGCAUGCUGCCCAUCUGACACUGGUUCUCUGAUGAAAGAACUGAUAUCUAUAGGAGAGAAACUAGGAGCCAUGGGGGAGAAACUGGGAACUAUGGGGGAUAACCUGAGACUCAUGGAGACCCGGUUACAAACCAGUGAGAAUGAAGUGGAGGAGCUGAAGAGACUAACUGGAGGCCGGCCUCAGGUGGCCUUCUCCGCAACUCUCCGGGAGACAGGCAAUAGGAACACUGGACCUUUCACCACUCCCAUUCCCCUGCAGUACAAGAAGGUCUUCUCAAACACUGGCAGCUCCUACAACCCUGCCACAGGUAUCUUCACUGCAACGGUCAAAGGAAUGUACUUCUUCCGUUUCUCAAUGAUGAACAACCUGAAUGACACUCCUAAUUCUGUGGUGUGCUUGACCAAGAAUGGGCAGAGGCUGGUGUCUGUCUGGGACACUGCAGGAUCUGAUGCCAAUGACAUUGGCAGCAACGCGGUGGUCAUUCCUCUGGAGGUGGGAGAUAAUGUCUAUGUUGAGUUGCAGGCUAACAGGCUGGUCUAUGAUGACGAGAUGAACUACAACACCUUCAGUGGCUUCUUGCUCUUCACCAUGUAAACAUGGAACACAUUUCAACAGCUAAAUGGUUGAAAUUACUUAAUUUUUUUAUAAGGGCUGGAUUCAAUCCGUAUCGCGUUGACAUUUAAAGACAAUGUCCCCGCGUCGGCGGCAACUGCAUUUACAGCAAACGCUGCAUAUGACGUGUCAAUUGGAAAUUACCUUAAAAAUUUCAAGCACGCUACAGCGCAGAUUUUCGCAGAUAUGGAUUGAAUCCAGUCCUUAAGUUAGUAGACAUAAAAUAGUAAUCUGUAGCACACAGUGAGGUUAUAAUGCAGUAGAAUGAUGUGCUUCCUAUCUUUUAUUGUCACACUUUCCACAAGGCUGCUGUUCCACUACAACACAUACUCUUUCACAAAAUAAAAUGUGUCAUCUGGUGGACAUAAGUAACUGUAAAAAUAAAAAGCCAUUGGCCUUAGAGGCAAUUAUA